GUUACUAUGGCAGCCGGAUGCGGAGCGAACCGGAAGUCAGUACAGUACUUCCGCCUCCAUACACUUCCUGGUUGGAAGACGAGGGGCUAUAUUAUCACCGGAAUAGGAUGGAAGGAGACUCAAGCAGAUUUAAAAUCCACACUGCAGUUUUUUGCAAGAAAAAGAAACAAUCUUCUGUGUCUGAGGAAAGACCCCAGAUACCAGCCCCUGAGAGCUUGGAGAAUGAGCAUCCUCACCUAGCCAAGAGGAAGAAGAGGAGGAAGGAGUCCCAGACACCAGCCCCUGAGAGCUUGGAGAAUGAGCAUCCUCACCUAGCCAAGAGGAAGAAGAGGAGGAGGGAGUCCCAGACACCAGCCCCUGAGAGCUUGGAGAAUGAGCAUCCUCACCUAGCCAAGAGGAAGAAGAGGAGGAGGGAGUCCCAGACACCAGCCCCUGAGAGCUUGGAGAAUGAGCAUCCUCACCUAGCCAAGAGGAAGAAGAGAAGGAAGGAGUCCCAGACACCAGCCCCUGAGAGCUUGGAGAGUGAGCAUCCUCAUAUAACCAAGAAGAAGAAGAGGAAGGAGUCCCAGACACCAGCCCCUGAGAGCUUGGAGAGUGAGCAACCUUGGGUGUCCAAGCUGGGGAAGAGGAGGAAAGAGUCCCAGACACCAGCCCCUGAGAGCUUGGAGAAUGAGCAUUCUCAGUUGUCCAAGCUGGGGAAGAGGAGGAAGGAGUCCCAGCAACUUACUUCUUCCCUUCUGAAAAAUUCAGAAACCUUCCAUAAAGCCAAAAAGACCACUUCUACCCAUAAAAAGAAAAAGAGAAGUAGUGUUUGGGAGGUGGAUGUGGAAACAGGGAUCAUCCUUGUAAAUAAAGAAAACAUGGAGAACCUGCUCGAGAGUUCUAGAAAAGAUGUGGAUAUUGUUUAUGUAGAUGUGAGCCAGAAGUUAGCAAAAGUGGACAAAGCAGAGGAGCUGCCCAUUGUUGGGUCCCAAAAUCAUGACCGUCAAGAGCUGCACAGUGACGUUCGGAGCAAAAAGAAUCAAAAGCAUCCAAAGAAAGCUGCAUCCUGGGAUGCUGUACAGGGAAACCAGCCUGAGAGCAUCACCCUGCCCCACUCAGAAUCCUUGUCUUCUGUGGAUCUAGAAAGCAAAAGCACAGAACUAGCAGUGUCUCAUAAAAAAACGUCUAAGGAAAAAGUGUUCGGGAACCAGGAAUUGGGGGCCACGCCCGAGAGUCUUGAUAACGCACACCCUGGAGGAGAGGUUGGGACUGAAAAAAGUGAGAGGGUCAGAGGACCCCACAGUACCAGGAAAAAGUCUAAGAAAAGGAAGGAUGAUGCAUCUGCUGCUAUGGCCACCUCUAGUGACAAUGUUGCGCUGCUUGACAGCAAUGCUGAGAAUGCCUCUGUGGAUUCAUUAGAAGGCACUGGUGCUUUGAGGGAAGAGGAUGUGGACUGCAGACCAAGGAAGCCAGAAACCCAGGCUUGUUCCAGCGAGAAGCAUGCAGAGGAGAUGCAGGGGUUAGAAUCUACCCAUGAAGAAGAAAGCAAUUUGGAAUCAGCCAGCAAUUCUGAAACAAGAUGUAUGUCUGAAGACGGGAGGGAUUCUGAAGAGUCGGAUGUGGAUUUGGGCUCUGCAGUGAGACAGCUCCAAGAGUUCAUCCCUGAUAUACAGGAAAGGGCAGCCACCACAAUCAGACGCAUGUACCGGGACGACCUGGGGCGCUUCAAGGAAUUUAAGGCACAAGGUGUUGCUAUUAGAUUUGGCAAAUUUUCUGCUAAAGAAAAUGAACAAAUAGAGAAAAAUGUGCAAGAAUUCCUGUCCCUAACUGGAAUUGAGAGUGCAGACAAGCUGCUGUACACAGACAGAUAUCCAGAGGAAAAGUCUCUGAUCACCAACUUAAAACGAAAGCAUGCAUUCAGACUGCACAUUGGGAAAGGCAUCGCUCGGCCCUGGAAGCCUGUGUACUAUCGAGCAAAGAAGAUGUUUGAUGUGAAUAAUUACAAAGGCAGGUACAAUGAAGAAGAUACUAAGAAGCUGAAGGCGUACCAUUCCCUCCAUGGAAAUGACUGGAAAAAGAUCGGGGCCAUGGUGGCCCGAAGCAGUCUCUCUGUCGCUCUGAAGUACUCUCAGAUUGGUGGUCAUAGAAACCACGGUGCUUGGAGUAAGACAGAAACCCAGAGACUAAUCAAGGCUGUGGAGGAUGUGAUCCUAAAGAAAAUGUCUCCCGAGGAGUUAAGAGAACUGGACUCUAGACUCCAGGAAGAUCCCGAGGGUCGCCUGUCAAUCGUCCGGGAGAAACUGUACAAGGGCAUAUCCUGGGUGGAAGUGGAGGCCAGAGUGGAGACCAGAAACUGGAUGCAGUGCAAAAGUAAGUGGACAGAGAUUCUCACCAAAAGGAUGACCCAUGGUGGGUUCGUGUAUCGUGGGGUCAAAGCUCUGCAGGCCAAAAUCACCCUUAUUAAAAGGUUGUAUGAACUAAAUGUGAAUGAUGCUAAUGAAAUAGAUUGGGAAGAUCUUGCUAGUGCCAUAGGGGAUGUCCCUCCACCUUUUGUUCAGGCAAAAUUUUAUAAGCUGAAAGCUGCCUGUGUUCCUUUUUGGCAGAAAAAGACUUUUCCAGAGAUCAUUGACUACUUGUAUGAGACCAGUCUGCCUUUGCUGAAGGAAAAGUUAGACAAGAAGAUGCGGAAGAACAGCAGCCAGAUCCAGACGCCCUCAGCUCCCAAACAAGACUUCCUAUUCAAAGACAUCUUCUAUUGCGAUGACGACAGUGACGGGGAGGGCUCAGAGGAGCCCGGUGCCCCUGGUGUGCAGUGACUGGAUCUCCUC